AUGAGUAACGCCUCCAUCCGCCAGACCGAGGCUAGAGUCCACCAAGCAUCUUCCGAGGAUCGCGAACUAGCGAUCGCACUCAAGAGCUAUGAGCCGGACACAGAAGAGGAGAAGAGGCUAGUGCGAAAGAUUGAUUUCAUCCUGCUGCCGUGCCUGUGGUGGAUGUACAUCUUGGCGUAUCUGGACAAGGGCAACAUCGCAAACGCCAACGCUGCUGGCCUAAGCGAAGAUCUGGGUCUAUCUGACAAUGAGUAUUCCCUGUUCAUCUCCGUCUUCUUCGUGGGGUACUUCCUCCUCGAGGUACCUUCCAACUUGGUCAUGGUUAGGAUAAGACCUUCUAUCUACCUGUCCAUUAUUGUGUUCGUAUGGGGUUGCAUCGUCACGGGCAUGUCCCAGGCAAAAACACUGAAGGAGUUCCUCGUGGGACGAUUCUUUCUAGGCUGCGCGGAAGCUGGAAUGUUUCCCGGUGCCCUGUACGUCCUGACAUGUUGGUACACUAAGAAGGAAGUCGGUAAACGCUUUUGCAUUUUCUACACUUCAGGAUGCAUAGCCCCUGCCCUCGGUGGGAUAAUGGCUGGCGCCAUCAUCAAAAGCCUCGACGGGGCUAGAGGCAUGACCGGAUGGAGAUGGCUUCUAUUAGUUGAAGGCCUCAUCACCGUGUUUUGCUCCGGCUGUCUCUUCUUCCUCAUCCCCGACUACCCCCACAAUACGCGGCGGUUCAAGCAGGAUGAGCGUCGUCUAGCCCAUGUCCGCAUCAUGUACGAUCAAAAGGUCAACGUAGUACUGGAGAACAGCACCCUGACCGCCUUCCAAGCGCUGAAAGCCGUGAUAGCCGACCCAAAGACGUGGCUAUUCUUGGUGCUAUACAACCUGAACGGAACCUGCACCACAAUUUCCUACUUCAUCCCUACCAUUCUGAAGACUCUGGGGUACACCAAGGUGACGGCACAAUGGAUGACUGUCCCCAUCUACAUUACGGGAGCCGUGUCGAUGCUCAUCUUCUCGUAUACCUCAGAUAAGAUGCAGGACCGCCGCUGGCAUCUGUCUCUCCUACACCUGGCCCCAGUGACGGCAUGCUUGGUUUCUUUAUUCGUCACGAACGCGGUGGUCAAGUACAUUAUGAUGUGCCUCUUCGUUGGCGGGUUGUAUACCGCUCUCCCCCUUAUACUCAACUGGGCGAGCGAGUGCAUCUCCUUCCCAAACAAGAAGCGGUCCGUGGCCAUCGCUUUCAUCAACACGUUCUGCAACCUGUCGAUGCUUUACGGGAGUUUCCUGUGGCCGAGUGCCGAUGCACCCCGCCACGUCCUGGGUUUCGCUACCAUGUGUUCGUUCACCGGUGCCGCGUCCAUCCUGGCUGCUGUGAUGCCGCUCAUAUUCCCGUUGUUACCCAAGCAGCCUGGGACUAAGGCGGAGAGAGAUAUUCUGGCUCUGGCGGCGAGCGAGAGCCAGACCUCUAUUGACGAAGAUAGGGGUAUCAUGGUACCCCAAGUCAUUGUGAAGAACCAGACCAAGACCGACCAGGACCAACGAGGCGAACAACAUCACCAACAUCACGCGACUUCUGUAUGA